AUGGAUAAACCAUUUGUGGAGGGAAAACAUCAGGAAAGCAAACGCUUGAAGACUGAUGCAGGUGACUUAUGUGUCGGCAUUUUUGGCAAACUGAUCGAAAAAGAUUUGAGAGUGGUGCCAGGUGAAACACAAGUUAAAAGAUAUUUUUACACUGCUAACAAGAAACAAAUUGGUAUGCGUUUUGAUAUUUUCAUUUCUGAAGAGAAAAACCCUACAUAUGUAGAUGACAAAGGAUGUACCAAAAUCGGAACAAUACGAAUAAAAUUUGAAGAACCAGAUGGUUUACCCAGACAUAAUGUCAAUUUAUCAAUGUUACUUGGUGGCACUGAAAUUAUAAUAGAAUUAGAGGAAGAAAAGACGAGAAACAAAAUAAUAAAUACAACUGAGUUUUGGGGCUGA